GACAGAGAAGAGAGAGAAACAAGAAAGAGGAAGAAGAAGAAACGGGAGAACAUAAAAAGAGAAUUCAAAUCAGAAAACUCAACAAAACAAAGAAACAGUUUCAGAAAGCUCUUCCCUCUCUUUCUCUCUCGCAGCCUGUGAGGGCCCUUUUCUGGCUCUGCCCUAGCCUCGGCCAUCGAUGGCAUCGUCGUUGCUUCCCCAAAAAUCUCUCUGAACGAUUUUGCUGCUGAAGUCGCCGGAAAUGGCAGAUAGGCCGCCGCCGAAUCCUGUACAUUUUGCAUCAUCGACCUCGGUUAGGGUUUCGGGUUUAUUUUCAGUUUGUUGUAGGCGGAGUCCAACAUAAAAGCGUUUGGUUGGCGCUGUCUGAUCAAUCGAGAUAGGGAGAGAGAAAGAGAGAGAGUGAGGGUCGUUGGAUCGUCGUUGUUAUCAUGGCGAAGGGAGGGUUAUUCUUCGAGAAGCUUCGAAGGUGUGUACGGACGGUGUUUUUCAUGGUUGCGAUGGUGGUUUCGUUGUUGGUAUCGUCAUUGCCUGUGCUUGUUGCUAUAGGAGAUAUCUUGGUACCUUGCGUUCUGAUCUCGAGUUUUACGUGCGUGAGUUGUUAUGGUUUUAAAGAGCAUUUGAAUCGAUACGCUUUCAAGAGCUCUCUCACCGAUAUUCCUUUCGUCUCUGUUAUCAGAUCCCUCAUUAUUAUUUGUGUUUAUUCAAUGUGUGAUGGCCCUGCUCUAUCACACGGCCCAUACCUUGGAACCGUGACUAUAUGUUCCUUUGUAUCAAUUAUUCUUCUUUCGGUCAAGGCUUGUGUUUUUACUGUAAAUUCUCAACUUGUGGCUGAGGCUUCAUCUUCCCCCUCAAGACAAAAGCUCCACCUAAAAAAGUCAUGGGGAAUGCCGGUCUUGUUUCUCUCAUCAGUGGUUUUUGCCCUUGGACAUACUGUAGUAGCUUAUAGAACAAGCUGCAGGGCAAGGAGAAAGCUCCUAUUUCAUCGUGUUGACCCCGAAGCAGUCCUUUUGUGUAAGAACGUUUUCUCAAGCUACCAGAAAAUCCCACGAUCUCCCACUCCUUCUGGAGGAAAAACCCCUAAAAGCGACAGUGAAACAAGGCGCAAGCCAUUUGGGAAUAUUCGUGAUGAAGGGCAACUUUCGGUGAGACUACUUGCAGAUGCUGACAGUUUUUUUAUUCCAUGCCAAGGGGUUACUCUCCACUACAAGCUCAGCUUGCCUGGUUCACCACCUCGCUCCUUAUCAUCUACUACAUUUCUCAAUUCUGAUCCUAGCUGUGUCUCAUUACAAAUGGCUACGGGUAGGUCAAAACCUGACAAGCAUCCUUUAAGUUUGUUUUCAAAAAGCCAGCAUAAUCUUCACAGGAGUUACAGCAAUCAAUUUCAUGUCUCAUCUCUGUAUGCUCCUCUCUUGGAUGGUUCAACAAAUUCUCCUGUUUUUUCUGAAGAAAUUCCUCCUUUUAGUCUAGAUGCUUGUAAAGAGGAUGAAGUGCGUAAAGUUAAUUAUCCAACCUUAGAAAGAGAAUUGGAAGAAGAUGGACAGUUUGGUAUUGUUUUGGUGCAUGGUUUUGGUGGAGGAGUUUUCUCGUGGAGGCAUGUAAUGGGGGUUCUUUCUCGGCAAGUUGGCUGUACAGUUGCUGCUUUUGAUAGACCUGGUUGGGGAUUAACUUCAAGGCCAUGUAGGGAGGAUUGGGAGGAAAAAGAAAUGCAUAAUCCCUAUAAGCUUGAAACUCAGGUUGAUCUGCUUCUUUCUUUCUGCUCUGAGAUGGGGUUUUCUUCAGUGGUGCUUGUUGGUCAUGAUGAUGGAGGGCUUCUGGCUUUAAUGGCUGCACAAAAAAUUCAAGAAUCUUUGAAUUCUUCAAAUGUUACAAUUAAGGGGGUGGUGUUGUUAAAUGUUAGCUUGUCAAGGGAGGUAGUUCCUGGCUUUGCAAGGAUUCUAAUGCGUACUUCACUUGGGAAAAGGCAUUUGGUGCGUCCCCUAUUGCGAACAGAAAUUACACAAGUGGUGAAUCGGCGUGCAUGGUAUGAUGCUACCAAGUUAACGACAGAGGUUUUAAGUUUGUAUAAGGCUCCUCUUUGUGUAGAAGGUUGGGAUGAAGCACUCCAUGAGAUUGGUAGACUGUCACAUCAGACAAUCCUUACUCGACAAAAUGCGGAAUUAUUAUUGAAGGCAGUUAAAGACAUACCAGUGAUGGUGGUUGCAGGUGCUGAAGAUGCCCUAGUUCCCCUUAAAUCUUCCCAAGCUAUGGCUUCAAAACUAGGAAAUUCUGAACUGGUUGCGAUAUCUGGAUGUGGCCACCUUCCACAUGAAGAAUGUCCCAAAGCAUUACUUGCUGCUAUCUCACCCUUCAUAAGCUUACAUGUACUUAAACAAUGCUCACAAAGCUAGUAGUGUAAUCUCAUUCAUUAUAAAAAUAGGGCUUUUAUCUGUUGUAGGUUUUUUUUUUUUUUUUUUCUUCUUUGCCUUUAAUCACUUGAAGCAAUUGAUUCCAACAGGAAGAGUGAGAGAGAGAAGUAAAGCCUAUCUCUUCUUUUGGGUAUUUUUUUUUUUUUUUUGAUGUGUUUAGGUUUGGGUAUUUUUUUUUUUUUUUGAUGUGUUUAGGUUUGGGGCCUUACCCUAACUCUAAUUUUCUAGGGUGUGAGAGCUCUUUCCUUGUAUGGCCUUUUUUUUUCCUCCCUAAAAUGAAGCUUAUUCUCACCAAGUUGCUAGUUCCCACAAAAGUGGUGGAAGAUUAGCGUACAUUUUGUAUAUUUGGAAUCAUGGAAUUCAUGAUAUCACCUUGCCGUUGUUGCCA